GUAUUGUAUUUUUGCUCGUUCAGUGCAGUCGUCGUCCGGUCCCGAGUCGGGUGUGCGUGAUUAGAAGUAACCUACUGUUUGUGCCAGGCAUCCAAGUUCCGGACUCUGUGCAAGAUUAGCAGCAGCCAUUUUCCAAAGAAGUGUGCGUGUUUACCAGCAGAAAGAAGCGAAUUUCUGCCCCAGCGAUAAACGUUUUCAGUGUCAGUUCGACGUAGCCGCAAAGAGGAUUAUUAUCUAGAUAGCAAAAAUGGCUGGAGGAAAAGCUGGUAAGGAUUCCGGAAAAGCGAAAGCCAAAGCAGUUUCCCGCUCGGCGCGCGCUGGACUACAGUUCCCGGUUGGCAGAAUUCACCGACACCUGAAGAACCGCACGACCAGCCAUGGGCGCGUCGGAGCCACAGCAGCCGUAUAUUCUGCUGCCAUCCUAGAAUACCUGACAGCUGAGGUGCUCGAGUUGGCCGGCAACGCCUCCAAGGAUCUGAAGGUGAAGCGUAUCACUCCCCGUCACUUGCAGCUUGCCAUCCGCGGAGAUGAAGAAUUGGACAGUCUGAUCAAGGCGACGAUCGCCGGCGGUGGUGUCAUCCCGCACAUCCACAAAUCGCUGAUUGGCAAAAAGGGCGGCCCCGAAUAACAACCUUCCCCCCGCACACAUCAAAAUUACUAAAUACUAACAAAACAAAAAAACAUACAAACAAUGAACAAGACACACACACACAACCAACAAAGCGAAAACGCGCCCCCGAAAAAAACACAAACCUUAAUAUCUAAUUAAUCCCCCGCAAACAAACCGAUUGAAAAGGACAUUUUUUCCCCUGUAAGAGUUUUUGCACAAGUAAGAAAUCGCGCGUCGACGAAGAGACAGAGAGAAUCUAUAAUCUUAUAUAGUAGAAAUAAUAACGUUUAAAUGAGAUACACAUUUAACAAUUGAACAGGACAAAUUAUGCUCGUUUGUUGUCUAAUGUUAAGUAUCGUUAGUGCAAACUGCAAUUGUUUCGACUUGGACUCUUCCUUUUAUAUACCCUAGAACCGGCGGUCUACGAUCUCUUGCUUUUACAUACUUGGAAUUGUAAUAUUUUCACGGCUUUUUUUUCUCUUUCACCUCGGGGACCCGCGCGAGCGCUCCACAGCAAAACAAAAUAAGAAACGUCGUCGUCAUCGUCGUGUUUAAUUAAUUUUUAACGCAAAUUGAGAGAGAAAACUAAAAUGAGAGUGCAUAAGUUAAGUGCGUUUUUCUUAUUAUAUUUUCGAUGAAAAAUAAUAAAAUUUUACUAUUAAGAAAAGGAAAA